AUGCCAACACCUGUAAGCCCUCCGGCUGCUGGUGACGAACACCCACUCACUGCGCAUGUGGUUCCAGAUGAAUUGGGCAAAGGGGCAUUCUCGAUCGUGAAGGUUGCGACAAGGAUUUCCGACCGCCAGAAAUCCGCGGUGAAGAUCGUGGAGCGGCGAAACCUUGGCAAGGGUGACUUGGAGGCCCUGAGGAGCGAAGCAAGGCUUCUCGGCGAGUUGGACCACCCUAAUAUCGUCAAACUCCACGGCUGGUACGAGGAGGAGAAGUCACUAUAUAUGGCGCUGGAGCUCUGCGAGGGCGGUGAGUUGUUCGAUCGCAUCGUGUCCAAGACCUUCUACAACGAAAAGGAGGCGAGAGACCUGGUUCGAACCCUCCUAAGGACGGUUAAGUACCUGCACGACCAGAACAUCAUCCACCGCGAUCUCAAGCCGGAGAAUUUGCUUCUCGUGGACAAGGAAGACAACGCCAACCUCAAGAUCGCUGACUUCGGCUUCGCCAAAAAGCACGACGCACGCUCGGAGGUCCUCAAAACGCAGUGCGGCACGCCAGGAUAUGUGGCACCAGAGAUCCUCAAGUCUACGCCGUACGGCUCUCCGGUGGACAUGUGGAGUAUCGGCGUGAUCACCUACAUCCUUCUCGGAGGCUAUCCUCCAUUCCAUGAUGAUAAUCAGGUGAGGCGGAGUAUGGGGUACAAGGCCCGGUUGUUCCAGAAGAUAAGGCGCGGGAAGUUCUCGUUCCACGAGCAGUACUGGGACCCCAUCAGCGACGGCGCCAAGGAUCUCAUCAGGAGAAUGUUGACGGUGAACCCUGUGGAGAGAAUCACCGCAGCGCAGGCGUUGGCGCACCCGUGGGUGAUGAGCGACGACGAUGAGCUGGAGACGAGCGAGUUGGGCGACAGCUUGCAGCGAAUGCGCGUGUUCAACGCAAGGAGAAAGUUCAAGUCGGCUAUCGCGACCAUCAUUAUGACCAUGCAGCUGCAAAAGUUCUUGGCGAGCCGCGACAUCGACGACGCAUACGAGAUCGGCGGGAUUCUCGGGAAGGGUGCCUACUCGGUAGUCAAGUCUGCCAAGGCGAAGAAGACCAAUGAUGAGGUGAGGUCUAUGUCUAUUGCCGCCAUGUUUGUCAUGGCCAUGACCAAUGAGUGGAUUUAA